AAAAACAAACAAGAGUUGGACGGUGGUAACGCUGUCGAUGCCAUUAUCGCCACUCACAUUUGUAUUGGAACCAUAAAUUCAUGUGCAGCCGGUAUUGGAGGAGGUGGCUUCAUGCUUGUUCGCAAGCCCAACGGGUUCGCCGAGAUCAUAGAUUUCCGUGAAGUUGCUCCCUUAAAGUCACACCGGGACAUGUACGUCAAAGAUCCCGAAUUGUCGAAGAUCGGGCCAUUGGCUAUUGCCGUACCGUAUGUAUUACCAUGGAAACGACUUCUUGAACCAUCCAUCAAGCUUGGUCGUGACGGGUUCGCCAUACCAAAAGAAUUAUCGAUUCGCAUGAAGAUGUAUAAGCACGAGCUUGAAACGAUACCUGCCUUCCGUGACAUUUUCUGCGAUGCCGAAGGAAAGUUGUUAAACGAGGGCGACAUUGUUUACCGUAAGAAUUAUUCGAGGACUUUGGAAAAGCUUGCUGAAGAUUAUAAUGAUUAUUAUGAGGGUGAAAUCGCAAAAUCGAUAGUUGCUGAGAUUCAACGACAAGGUGGCCUAAUUACCUUGGAAGAUCUGAUCAAUUAUAGACCAGUUAUUCGGGAGCCGCUCAUCGGAUAUUACCAAGGAAAGAAGUUUAUAACAUCUCCGGAACCCGGCAGUGGUACCAUCCUAUUGUUCUUGUUGAACGUCAUAGAAGAAUUUAAAUUCCACGAAGAGGGAAGGAGCAAAUUGAAUGUGCAAAGAAUGGUCGAAACCUUCAAAUUUUCUAUCGCAAGACGUACCGAAAUGGGUGACCUCGCAUUUUUCGAGAAUAAAACGGCACACCUCGAACGCAUCCGAGAGAUCAUUUCAAAAGAGUACGCGGCCGAGAUUAGGGCCAAUAUUUCGGACCACGAGACUUUCGAAGCUUCCUAUUACGAGCCGCUAUACGCUCCGAAGGAAGAUCACGGUACAACUCAUAUCUCGGUGGUGGAUGUUGACGAGAUGGCUGCUAGCAUGACUGCCACUAUAAACCAUUUCUGGGGAUCACAAAUAAUGGAUCCCGUGACCGGGAUAAUAUUAAAUGAUCAAAUGGAUGACUUCUCAAUUCCGUUGCCGCCAUCCAUCGAACGAUUUUGGCCAGCUCCUCACAAUUUUAUUGUACCGGGCAAAAAACCGAUGUCAUCUACAGUACCCACGAUCAUUGAACGAGCCGACGGAAGAUUCGAGAUGGCCAUCG